GAUGGUGUGUUGGUGUCUGGCCGUUGCCUGCGGCCUUUGCUGCAUCUUCAUGAAGCACGCCUGGUACGCGAACCGGAAUCCCACUUCGGAGGCCGGGAAGCUAUUUACGGCGUUUUUCGACCGCGUUCUGUGGUCGCUGUUUCUCUUCUGGAUCACGCUGGCGUGCUCCACGGGCCGAGGAGGGGUCCUAAGCAAGUUCCUGUCAUUCAACGCUUUCGUGCCGCUCAGCAAACUGUCGUUCGGCGUCUACCUUAUCCACUACCCUUUCAUCCAACUUAUGCUGCACGCGUCCAGAGAGCGCGUGUUCUGGUCACACUUCAAUCAGAUCACACUGUUUUUUGCGCUGCUCGUUUGGAGCUUCCUUUUGGCGUACCUGGCCUACUUGGUAUGCGAAGGUCCCACAGCAGUUCUGGACAAGCUUGCCUUCCAGAGGCUCACUAGAAGAGCGCGUCCUUCGAGAAACCAAGCUGAAGAACCGAGGCUGGACUGUCCCAAUGAACUGCCGGAAAAGGACGCGGAAAAUGGCCGGAUCAACUCAGAGCUCACCAGCGGCAAAAUGAAUGGCUACACUCUUCCCGAUCCGCGGAACGGUGCGGUGCGUGGCCUUUCGUUGCCGUCGCAGUGGGAGCCUCAAAGGCUUUGAUUACUCUCCGCUGUAGAACGGUGCUUCAUUUACGUUCGCUGCUGAUGAAUCAAAUGCCCGCAGUAUUGAGCCCUCCUCAUUGGAAGUGGCAGGUUCGACUCGCGGCUGCUGCGGUCGCCUCCACGUUUCGAUACGGAGGUGAAGGGCGGCAUGAAACAAGAUAAAAAGAAGAGCCAUUGCACCAGAUCUUUAUAUGCACGUGAAGUGCGAACACGGGUGGUUCUACUUAAUUCGGUGUACAAGGCCCUCGUAGCAGUCCUUGAGUUGCACCUUUCCGACGCUGCAGCGCUGCCUGUGUAACCGAUAUCAUCGUCAGCACCAUUACCUACAAGAAAACAGAUACUUCGUCAUCCUCUCGUCAACCAAGUGAUACCUCUGAAGUUUAUCUACCGUUUGCUUUUCUUGCAAGAAAAACGGGUCUGAACUUUGUUUUUAUGAUGUCAUGUGGACACAAUCGUGCACGAACUUGUUGUUUGUAGGCUGCGGUAAACCGCUGUGCGGAUGUUUACUCCUAUAGUGUGAACAUGGACGGCGCUGCGACUGCAAAAUGUGUCUGUUAUGCAUGUGAGUGUGAUGGUGUACGCGAGCAUGGUAAAGCCAUUUCAAGCUUGUAUAUUAACGCCGAACGUCGCCCUUGUGUUACGGCAUUCACAGGUGUUAGUCGGAAUGUACUGAGUGCAAUUAUUUAUUAUUCUGUAGCAGACAUUAAUACGUAGUCUGUCUCCACAACAAUAGGAGAGUCAUGUGUAGCUUUGUGAAGCUACUGUCACACCAAACAUUAAGUUUUGCUAAGGGCCGUCCUACCUUUGUCCCCUCCCCAUGUUUUAGUAGGGGUCAUCAAGCUGCCCAUGAAUAAAACGAACAA